CCUUGAACGAAAUUGGGGAAACUAUCCCGAUCAAACGUAAAAGCACACCAUGUCUUGGUACCAAACUCAAUUCAAACUUAGUCCUCGGCCAAGAGGAUGCCACCUUGUACACGACGAGAUUUGUUCACAAGUGCCCGAGAUUAGAAAGUACAAAGUCGGCAUGGCCAAUGUCUUUUUGCAGCAUACUAGUGCCUCGCUCAUGUUGAACGAGAACUACGACCCCACAGUGAGAAAAGACUAUGAAAUGGCUCUCAACAAAAUCGCUCCUGAAGACUUUCCCUACGUCCACACCGAUGAGGGUCCGGACGAUAUGCCUGGACAUCUCAAAUCUGGCCUUGUCGGCGUCUCACUCAACAUUCCUAUAACUCAAGGAAGACUUAAUACCGGCACAUGGCAAGGUAUCUGGCUCUGUGAACACAGAGAUCAUGGCGGUUCCCGUAAAGUUGUUGUAACUCUGCAGGGUGAACGAAUGUAAACAAUAUGUAAAAUCGAACCGAUCGUAUAAGGCCAAAAAAUAAACCUAUCUAGACCGACGAAGCAAUAUUCCGUAAUGUACUGCUCAUAAUG